AUUGAAAACAAACGUCACAUUUUUGACAUUAAUUAGUGACUGUCUUAUUUGCCUGCUCGCAUUGGGGGAAAAUAUUCUGUGAAAAAUUCUGUAUAUUUUCAACGAAAAGUAUUAAAUAAAUAUGACAGAAUUACUAAUCGAUCCAAAUAUACGAGUUUGGGUAUUUCUUCCCAUUGUCCUGAUUGCCUUUUUCAUUGGUAUCUUGCGGCAUUAUGUGAGCAUUUUGAUAGCCUCACAGAAAAAGGCUGAAAUCACUCAAAUCCAAGACAGUCAAGCCAUGAUUAGGGCCAGAUUGUUGAGGGAGAAUGGCAAAUAUUUGACCGCCCAAUCGUUUGCUAUGCGUAAGAACUUUUUCAACAAUGAGGAGACUGGCUAUUUCAAGACCCAAAAGCGAGCACCUGUACAGCAAAACUCGACUGCCAUGAUAACAGAUAUGUUGAAGGGUAAUUUUGUCAAUAUGUUGCCCAUGGUAAUAAUUGGUGGCUGGAUCAAUUGGAUGUUUAGUGGUUUUGUUACAACAAAGGUGCCUUUCCCACUGACUUUGCGUUUCAAACCUAUGUUGCAGCGAGGCAUUGAGUUGGCCUCUUUGGAUGCUGCAUGGGUUUCUUCGGCUUCGUGGUAUUUCUUGAACGUUUUUGGUUUGAGAUCUAUUUACACUCUGGUAUUGGGUGAAAACAAUCAAGCUGAUCAGACACAGGCCCAGGCAGAUGCUAUGACCGGUGCAGCCAUGACAAUGCCCCAGGAUCCCAAGGUAGCAUUUAAAGCCGAAUGGGAGGCCUUGGAAAUUACAGAAUAUCAGAAUGCAUUGAAAACUGUGGAUAGUGAAUUGCUUCAAUUGACCUCAUCCAGUGAUGUGGUGACUCAAGAGAAUAGCAUUAGACACUAGAAACCAUGGGCUUAAGGGAAAUUCGUAUAACAUAUUCCAUAAGGUUUUGCGUCGUUUUAUGCCAAUGAAUAUGCAAUUUAUGUUAUGUUUUUUCGUAUACAAUUAGCAAAGAUUUAUUUUAAUGGAAAUGAAAAACUUUCUGGAACAAAGGUGACAAACGCAGACAGCAUUUCUUUUCUUAGUCUAAAUGGCAACUUUUGAUGACAAAAGUUUAGGGUAAACAUUUGUGUUUUUCUUUACUAGAAUUUAAAUUUUAUUUAAAUAAAAAAAUAUAAUUUAUAAAAAUAAAAUUAUAUGAGAAUAUAUAACCAAA